AUGAAUAAUAAUUCGUCCAAUUUCACUACUACUGCUCCCAUUCCAUGUGCAAGUGAUUAUGUUUUAUCAGAGUUUAAACGUAUUGUUGAAGGAUGGGUAUUAUCUUCUAUUUGUCUGUUUGGCAUAUGCGGUAAUUUAUUAACGUGUGUUAUAUUAUCAAAUUCACGAAUGCGUGAAUCAUCAACGAAUAUUUAUUUAUUAGCAUUAUCGUUCGUAAAUACUCUUGUUUUAAUUGGGUUUUUUCUAUCUCACGGUUUAAGAUCGAUACUAUACGAUUAUAAUUUAUAUUGUACAAAUAUUUAUUCGAAUCCAAUGACAACAUUAUACGAAUCAUUUUAUGCAAGAAUAUUUUUAUUUAUAUUUCCCAUCCAUAUCACAUGCAUUUUAAUGUCAAUUUAUUUAACCGCAUCCGUAGCUCUUGAUCGAUUUGCAUUAAUUUGUUUACCACAUAAAAUUCAAAAAUAUCGUACACAAAGGCAUUCAAUUAAAAUAAUACUCGCUGUUUGUCUAUUUUGUGUCGUAUAUUGUUUACCAUUUUGGUUUGAAUUCACACAUAAAGAAGAUGUAACAAAUGGUAGUAAUAAAACAUCACAAACUAAAAGAGCCAUAACGAUGUCGGAAUUUGGAAAACAUCCAUUAUUUCGUUUAUUAAUGAGAAAAUAUCUAUAUUUUAUAUUCGUCUUUUUAUUUCCCUUAUCUAUUUUAAUAUUUUGUAAAACGUGUAUAAUACGACGUCUAAUAACAAUUCAUAAAAAGAAGCGUCUAUUAGGCACGAAUACAAAUAAACGGCAUCGUUCCAGUAAUGCAAUUACGUUACUACUAUUAUCUAUUGUAUUUGUUUUUCUCAUCACACAGUUUCCAUAUUUUAUCUUCAAUGUGCUUUACUCUAUAAAAGGGCCAUCAUAUCUGUCAAAAUCGAGUACUAGAUUCUAUUUAGGUAUCAAUAACGUGUUAUCGGUUAUUAAUGCAUCAUCGGCAUUCAUUUUAUACUCGUUUUUUGGUGAAAGGUUUCGAGAAAUGAUAUUAGUCAUUUUUUGUUGUAAAAACUUAGAUAGAUCAGGCAGUAGUUGUCGUACAUCUCGACAAUCGCCUGUGUCACGUUUAAGCAUUAUAUCACCAUUAAUCAAACGUAAUUCAUCUUGUGUAUUAUCAUUGCCACUGGUGAUUCGGAAAAAAAAGCAAAAAGAAUCUUGUAUGUUGCCAAAUGAAGAAGAAGAGAAAGAUGUUAAUAAAAAAAUGGUACUACUUGAAAAAUCAUUACGAACAUAUGACAAUGUAAGAUGUUCUGUAUCCAAAUGA